AUGUCGUCCUCAGCGCAGCGGGCGCUGGACUACCUCGAACAGCAACCGGGCACCACCUUCACCAAACUCUACCAGCAGCCGUCGACCGCCCUCGCCAUCUUCCGCCGCAUGCUGCCUCACCUCGCCAAAACCCUCGUCAUGGCCAUGCUAUAUUUACCGGCGCCCUUCCCCGCCGCGGACCUGGAAGCGUGGGUCAAGCCCGCGACGAAGAGCAACCAGGCGAAAGAGCAGGCGCGCAGCACGUUGCAGCGGUUGAGGAUUCUGUUCGAGGAGAGCAAUCCCGCGGAUGGGGGGCGGACGGCGUAUCGACUGUCUCCUGCAUUUGCGAAGAGUCUGCGGCAGGCGUUGACGGGGGGCGGGAGUCACAGCUCGUUCGGCGUGGCGUGUUCGACGCCGGAUAAGACGCCCGUGACGGUCGAGUACCUGGAUGCGUUUGCGCGGCGGCAGUGGGAGGCGAUAUUGUAUUAUGUCGUGGGCAGUGCGAAUGCGAGUUUGAGCGGUGAGGUGGAGAUCACGCCCGGGACGAAGAAGUUGUUGCAGGAUGGGGGGUAUGUGGUUUUGAGGGGUGGGGGGAGGCAGAGGGUGAUUACGACGGAGGGGUUUACGUUCUUGCUGCAGGAGAGCAAUGCGCAGGUGUGGAGUUUGUUGUGUUUGUAUUUGGAUCAGUGUCCCGCGCUCCAAAUGGACCCGGUGGACGUCUUGUCCUUCCUCUUCACCCUGGGAUCCCUCGAACUCGGCGUCUCAUACAGCAGCUCCAACCUCACGCCCACCCAACUCCGCAUGCUGGAAGACCUCACCGACUUCGGCAUCGUCUACCGCCGCUCCGGAGACUCUUCUCGCUACUACCCAACCCGCCUCGCCACAACCCUCACCUCAGACAGCCCCGCCCUCACCAACAGCACCGCCAUGACGACGACCAUCACCGCCCCAACCUCCUCCCUCGCCGAAACCGCCACCUCGAAAGGCUACAUCAUCCUCGAAACCAACUACCGCCUCUACGCCUACACCUCCUCCCCGCUCCUCAUCUCCAUCCUCUCUCUCUUCGCCCACCUCCACACGCGCUACCCCAACCUCAUCACGGCCAAACUCACCAAACCCUCCAUCCAAUCCGCCAUCACCUUGGGAAUCACCUCGAACCAAAUCAUCGACUACCUCACCUCCCACGCCCACCCGGUCCUCCACCGCCCACACACCCCGAUCCUCCCCCCCACCGUCGUCGACCAAAUCCGCCUCUGGCAAAUGGAAGGCGAGCGUAUGGAAAGCGUCAAGGGCUACCUAAUCCGCGACGUCGGCAGCAUGGAAGAUUACGACAAGGCGGUGAAAUUUGCAAGGGAUUUGAAUGUGUUGGUGAAGGAGUUUCGGGGGAGGGGGAGUUUUUUCGUCACGAGGAUGGAUCAGAUGGGGUUGUAUUUUAAGGAGGCGGCGGCGAGGAAGAAGGCUGCUAAGGAGAUGGCCGAGGCGAGGGCUGUUGCUGCUGCUGGGAAGAGUUGA